UAGAUACGCUCGGGCCUGAGGCUUAAAUUCAAACUUCAUAAUCCCUCUCCCUCCCGUCAUUGCUCAUUCAUUUCUUCAUUCAUAUAUUAAUAUUGUUGAUGUUUAUCUUAAUUCGUUUCUAAUUCAGAAAUACUCAUUCUCAUACGCAUUGUUAGGCUUCAUUUUUCAAAAUGGCGACACACAGGAGAAGUUUGGGUUCGUCAAAAAUGGCAUCCUCAUCUUCUGAAAACUCUAAACCCAUUCCCAACAACAGGAAGCGACCCCCUCUCUCUAACUUGACCAAUCAAACUCGUCCCUCUCUUUCUCUUGCCCCUCUUGUACCUUGUGCUUCAGCUAAAAGUGUAAAAGCUAAAAAGGGAUACCCUACAAGCAUCAACGAUACGAACUUGCCGGCCUUGUGGGCUGAAAAACCCAAUGCUGUGGCAGCGUCAAAGAUAUCUUUGGUUAGAAGCAAGGCCGCUUCACUUAAAGUAUCUCAGACAUAUGUCUUUCAAGCUCCAAGUAGAAUGGAUGUUUCUCCUAGUUUAUCCAAUGGAGAUUCUGUUUCUAUGGAAGAUUCUAUGUCUACAUGUGAUUCAUUGAAGAGCCCUGAAGUUGAAUACUUAGAUGAUAGUGAUGUAGCUACACUUAGCUCCAUUCACAAAAAAACAUCUGAAAACUUCCAGGCUGAUGACCAUAUGGAUAUUUCAGGGAAUGGCUGCAAAAGAGAAAUCCUUUCCGAAAUGGAAGUUGACCAAGUUGUUAAUGUUGAUGACAAGUUUAUGGAUCCUCAGUUUUGCACUACCAUAGCUUGUGAUAUCUACAAGUAUUUGCGUACAUCUGAGACAUUGAAAAGACCUUCAAUAGACUUCAUAGAGAAGAUACAGAAAGAUAUAAAUGCCAGCAUGCGUGCCAUACUAGUUGACUGGCUUGUAGAGGUUGCUGAAGAAUACAGGCUUGUCCCAGAUACGCUAUACCUCACUGUUAACUACUUAGAUAGAUAUCUCACUGGAAAUGCUAUAAACCGGCAACGUUUGCAGCUCUUGGGUGUGGCUUGCAUGAUGAUUGCAGCAAAAUAUGAAGAAAUAUGUGCACCUCAGGUGGAGGAGUUCUGUUACAUCACGGACAACACAUACUUGAAGGAGGAGGUUCUGGAAAUGGAGGCUGCAGUGCUCAACUACCUCAAGUUUGAAAUGAGUGCCCCAACCAUAAAAUGUUUCUUAAGGAGAUUUGUUCGUGCUUCUCAAGCAGUUAGUGAGGUUCCAUCUAUGCAAUUGGAGUGUUUGUCGAAUUAUGUAGCUGAAUUGUCUCUCUUGGAUUACAACAUGCUUCAGUAUACCCCAUCAUUGACUGCUGCAUCAGCAAUAUUUUUGGCCAACUACAUACUUAGCCCAUUACAAAAGCCUUGGAACUCAACUCUGGUACAUUACACUCUCUAUGAGGCUUGUGAUUUACAUGAGUGCGUCAAAGCUCUUCAUCAGCUAUGCUUAAGCUGCCAUAACUCCAGUUUGCCAGCAAUCCGGGAGAAGUAUAGUCAACAUAAGUACAAGUUUGUAGCAAAGAAGUAUUGUCCUCCCUCAAUACCCUCAGAGUACUUUCUCAGUGGAAGAAGCAAAUAAAGGAGUCCAUAAGGUUGGAUGUUGUGUUGCGUUGGGUUGCGUUGGGUUGCGUCCGGGGAAGCAACAAGGCAUAUAUUGCAGCAAGGCUUAUGUCAUGAUGUACGUAUGAUAUGAUGUAAGAGAUGAAAAUCAUCGUAUAUCUCUCGAAAAAAAUCUACUAACAGCAGCGGGAAGGACGUUAAAUGGUUACUUAUUGUAACCCCUAAUGACACAGAGAGCCAAAGAAAAAAAUACUCCUAGUCCUAGGGCUGCAGGAUGGAGAGUGGGAAAUGGAAGGAAUUUAGUUAGUGGUCAAAAACUCUUAAAUCUCUUUGAAUCAUAACCUCUCUUUGCCCCACUAGUAAGUAUUAAUUCUAGAGAAAAGACAAUGGGAUUCCCUAAUUGAAAUGCUUGCACAUUCUUCAUACUUUGUACUCACAAAUGCUUAUUUCUUGCAUUAUUGAAAUUAAAAAACCAUGAAUUGAAAUUUA